GUCCGACUCCUGACUGACUCACUGCCUGCCCCUUACUCAUCGUCAAAUGUGACACCCAGCACCAGACCCCGGUGUCAAUAUGUAUAACCGUCAACUCAUCAGUCUGUCGAAGAUGAUUACCGACUAUGGCGCAGGAUGAUGCAAUUUUGGAUUCCAGUAUGGAGCGGAAGGAUACAGAGAUUGACAAUGAGGUCUGCAUUGCUGUGGUUUUCAGAAUGGAAGAGGAAGAGGGCAGAGAAGGGUUCGAAAUUAGAGAGGAGUUGGACGAUGAUAACAAAAAGGGCGGAGACGAUGAGGCUGUACCUGACGUCGGCGGCGACAUCCGCUCACUACGACAAAGCUCCUCCGUACUCUCCAUUCUUGGCUCCGAGGCCAACCUUCGUGACCGCAAAAAUCAGUUCAUGGAGCUCUUCGACCACUAG